UUCGUUUUAUCGAUUUUUAAGCUAAGUACUAGUAUUACAGAUGACGCUUACAAUUCACUACCUCGAAUGUAUGAAAUGGAAGAUUACGAUACUUGUGACAGAGAAAACAAUGUAUAUUGCAAGAUUAAACUGGUUUUAAUACCGAACGAUGCAAGUAACAAGUUGUGGCAAGUCAUCGAGGCGUCGAAGAAAGAAAAACGUUUCAUGGAACGCGAUGUUAUAUAUCGCGCCAAAUGCAUUCCUAAGGAAUAUUUCAUAGAUACGGCAAGGGUAUUGGCACAUGUUACGGAACAGGAGAAUAAGAAUCUGGAAAAUAUAUCUUUUCACGUGAAAGUGGAAAAGAUAAAUUGCAAAGAGAAUGUGCAAGAGUUGUCUGUAAAUAACUACUUUAUUUUGUGGUUGCUCCUAAGUUAUCUGCUACUUAUAGUAUUAGCAACAUCAAUUGAUCUGUUAGUAAGAAGAACAAAUUAUAUCCUGGAUAUUCCAAAACAAAAACUCAUCACUGUGCUGUCAGUUAUCAGCAAUUGGGAAGCUCUGAGGAAACCAAUAAGAAGUGCGGACUAUGACAAAUUAAAAUCGUUCCAGGGUUACAGGAUUUUUGUUAUGUGCGUAGUGAUAGGUUGCCACAGUAUGUUAGCGGCGGUGACGGCGUAUUCAACCAACAUUAGACUAUUGGAAGAUUAUUCUUUAAGUACUUUCAAAAGAGUUUUGAUAAACUUUGGCCUUCACAUGAUCCAGCCGAGUUUUUUGAUUUCUGGGUGGCUUCUCACCAUUCAAGUGUAUAAGACUGUAGAAAGGUCUAACCAUAAAAAAUUGAAGUUGAAUAUGAUCGGAAGAGCGCUAGUGGCUAGAUAUUUAAGGUUUAUUCUUCCCCUAAUGUUUUACUUAGGACUGCAAAAGUCUCAUCUCUUACAAUUGUGCUUUUCUGGACCCCAAACAGAUUUACUAGACGUCGACAGCAAAGCUUGUGAAACGUAUUGGUGGGCAAAUCUGUUGUUAGUAAAUAAUUUUUUCUACGUUAAGAAUAUGUGCAAUGUUUCCUCCUGGUAUUUGUCCUGCGAUUUUCAAGCUCUCCUUGUUUGCAUGGCCCUCUUUUACUUGAUGUACAAAUACAACGUUGGUAUAAAACUUUUUGGAAUCGUCUUGUUGCUGAUUGGUAUAGUUAAUGCGUAUGUUUUAUACCAUGCAUACACUGUGUAUGGUGUAGAAACAGAGGUCACAUACUUAGCACGAGCCGAGGAAUUGAAACUGGACAAAUUCAUAGAAAACGACUUGCUUUAUAUCUACCAUACCUCGUCUUUUACAAAUUUCGGUAGUUAUAUAGUGGGUGUAUUAUUUGGGGCAAUAUAUUACCGAUAUAAAAACGCUGCUAUAAAAAUAAAUAAGGUCACCACAACGAUUUGGAUUCUAGGACACUUUGGUCUUCAAGCUUUGGUCGUGACUUUGUCCCUUUACAAUUACUCACCUUUUACCGCCGCAGUAAUUGGUUCUUUGUUAAAACCUUUAUUUUCUGUGGGGAUAGGAAUUGGCAUAUUAGGAAUGUCCCAUAAUAUAGGCGGUCUUAUGAAGAGGGUGUUUGAAAGCUAUCCCUUGGAAUUUGUGUCAAGGUGGAUUUUUUCUGUUUAUAUAUUCCAUCUUCCACUUAUAUUCUAUAGAUCGUCAACUUGGACGUAUAUGCCUGAGUUGUCAUAUUUAUUUCUUAUAAAAAUUGUCUCAACAGACAUACUCUUGUCGUUUGCACUGGGGCUAAUAAUGCAUUUAAUAGUUGAAAGACCUCUGCUGAAUAUUGUACACAUAAUAAUUACGAAAUGGUCACCCAAUCCAAAAACAAAUUAAAUUUUUAUCAG